GUGGAGCUGGACUUUGGAAAAGUUGUUGAUGUUGUUGUGGAUGUUGUUUACAGUCCUUUGCCUGUUCUCUCUCAGGAUGGGGGCGUUUGAUGAGAAGAAGGAAACGUGUGGGACCAUCUGUCUCAAGUAUCUGCUCUUCACCUUCAACUUCCUCUUCUGGCUGGCAGGAGGUGCUGUGAUGGCUGUUGGGAUCUGGACACUGGUGGAGAAGAGCGACUUCAUCAGCUUGCUGCAGUCCAGCACUUACGCAGUUUCUGCGUACAUCCUGGUCCUGGCAGGGGUGAUCGUCAUGGUUACAGGGUUUCUGGGUUGCUGUGCCACUUUCAAGGAGCAGCGAAACCUUCUAAGAGUGUAUUUUGUCCUCUUGCUGUGUAUUUUCCUGCUUGAGGUCCUUGCUGGAAUCCUGGCCUACAUCUACUACCAGCAGUGUUUCCCUUUCUGCUACCAGCUGAAUGAGGAACUGAAGCAAAACCUUAAGGAAACUAUGGUACAGAAAUACAAGCAGCCCGGAGAGGAGCGGAUCACCAGGGCUGUGGACAAGCUGCAGCAGGAGUUUAAGUGUUGUGGCAGUAACAGCUCUGCUGACUGGAAGGAAAGCACCUGGAUCCUGUCAUCUCAGUCUGAAGGCAGGAUAGUUCCGGAUAGCUGCUGCAAGACCAUUACCAACCACUGCGGACAGAGAGACCACCCCUCCAACAUUUACAAGGUGGAGGGUGGCUGCAUCACCAAGCUGGAAACCUUCAUACUGGAACAUCUGAAGAUCAUUGGGGCAGUGGGCAUUGGGAUUGCCUGUGUGCAGAUCGUGGGAAUGGUCUUCACGUGCUGCCUGUACCGCAGUCUGAAAGCGGAGCCGUACUGAGAGCCCUGAGAAGGUCGUCUUGCUGCUGUGCCUCCAUGACAUAACCACUGUAUGGCCUUAUGACCAGCACUGCGUCCUCCCUCUGUUUGUUUGUAUAUGUGCCAUGUAAAUCAGGGGGGAGAGAGAUGCAGUUCCUUUAAGGAGCGUAAGACAUAAGGUCAUGGAAACGAGACUGUUCUGUAAUCCCCCCCCCCCCCACACCUUCUCUGCACAUCCUGUAUGUCGAAUCCCAAAGUUCUCCCUCAUACUGAAACGGUCUUUGGCCACUGGAGAGGAAGGAGAGACUGAGAAAUGUGUUGUUAAUGUUACCUGUACAAAUCCAUCCAUAAUUUUAAUGUUAGAUGCCAUAUUAAAACAAUAAAUACCACAUUUUUCCUUUUACUUAUUUUAAGGGACAUUCAUUUAGCCCCAAUGUUGCUAAAUUGACUCACAGGAUAAUUGUAUAAAUGUUGCUUUCACACACACUUUUUAAACAUCACUAGCCUUUUCGGUUUUUAUGUUUAAUGAAUGAAGUAAUUACUGCUUUUUUAAUUACACUGUUGUAUUUAACACUUCAGUCUGAGCUUUGAGUAACACAACAAAUGUAACACCUGUGUAUAGCUCAAAUAAAUAAUGCUGAAAUCUCCUA